GAGUCAGGGGGCGGGACCUGGCUUCCCAGUUUAAAGUGUGUCUGAAGCCUCACUUGACGUCUAGUCUCUCUGUCCGCGUGCACACGGAUUGACCACUCCUUUGGGCUUUUCUUACAUCCUUGGAUAUAUAGGGGGGAAGAACUAAUCCACAAAGAUGACUGACGCCCAACAAGAGGCCCGCUCCUACCUGAGCGAGGAAAUGCUGGCUGAGUUCAAGGCCGCCUUCGACAUGUUCGACACCGACGGUGGCGGUGAUAUCAGCACCAAGGAGUUGGGUACCGUGAUGAGGAUGCUGGGUCAGAACCCGACAAGGGAGGAGUUGGAGGAGAUCAUCGAGGAGGUCGAUGAGGACGGUAGCAGUUCCAUCGACUUCGAGGAGUUCUUGGUCAUGAUGGUGAGGCUGCUAAAGGAGGACCAGGCCGGCAAGAGUGAGGAAGAGUUGGCAGAGUGCUUCCGUGUGUUCGACAAGAACGCUGACGGCUACAUCGACAGAGAGGAGUUCGCCACGAUCAUCCGCAGCACCGGUGAGCAAGUCACAGAGGACGAGAUCGAUGAGCUGCUCAAGGACGGAGACAAGAACAACGACGGCAUGCUGGACUUUGACGAAUUCCUCAAGAUGAUGGAGAAUGUGCAGUAAAUCCUGGAAAAUUCAUGGACAUUCCUCCUCCUCUUACUCCUACCACCUAUGAAUCCACCCGAAAACAUACACCAACCCCUCCCUCCCUCCUCCCUGCGUCCACCUGGAUUUCUGCCUCUCUUCUCUCUUCUCCAUUGUUGACAUCUUCACCAGACAGCGAGGGCUCCCAGCUGCGGAGGUUUGGGGCGCUGGCUAAGCUACACCGAGCAAAUUCGGGGGAAAAUUCACUGCACACACACAAACACACUCACAUAUGCAUGGAGUGAUGUCACAUCAGCGACAAGCGCCUUUCCCCCGCCCCCUCCCAGCUCUGCUGGUUAAAGCUCUGAUCUAGAUGUAGUCUAGAUAGAAGGGCAGCCUGUUAUCUGCUGCUUAGACCAAUCAAUCCACCCGAAACACCUUUUCUGUACAAAGAAGUAAUUUGCUUGAACAGAAUAAAUGAACUAACACAUGCUCA